AUGAAUCAUCGUUAAUCUAAAUCUAAAUAUGAAUUCGAUGAAAUGAUGCAAUUAAUUGAAAAUGAUUCCCCUUUGUAAAGUGUUCAUAAAAAGAAUAGUUCAGCACUUAAGAAUUUAGAUUUAUGUGAAAUACUGAAUGAUGAAACUGAAUAAUUUAAUUAUUCUGCUAAAAGCCUAUCAGAAACUUAGUCGAAAACUCAAAUAUGA